AUGGUGAUCCAACAGGUGGGCAGCAGGGGGCGAGUGGCGGCCGAGCUGUUUGAAAGGAGAAGGGGCACUCACUGUGAGGACAAGAAACAGACGCUGUUGGCAUUGCUGAUCUUGGUGCUGUACGUGGGCACAGGAAUAUCAGGAAGAAGUUGGGAAGUGUCAGAAAGGAUCAGAGAAUGUAACUAUCCCCAGAAUCCUGUGGCUUCCCAGGGAUUUGAAUACCAGACCAAUGAACCCGCAGAAGAGCCAAUAAAGGUCAUCAGGACCUGGUUGAAGGAAAACGUGCAUGUUUUCUUGGAGAAGCUAGAGAAAGAGGUGCGAGAGCUGGAGCAGCUGGUCCAGGACCUGGAGGAGUGGUUAGAUGCUCUUCUGGGAGAGGGGCACCCGGAGGAUCCCUGCUCCAACUUCAAAAUUCACCUGUGA